CCCCCUCCAGGUUAUCACCACACUGUUGUCCUCGUCCAAGGGUCACGCAAUACGAGUAAGCGGUUUGGCUAAUCCUUUCACCUCCCUUCCUCCACCUCUUAAGCGCUUUUUAAAUUCGGUCCCCGUAGAAUGAGACACCAGGCUCCUCUUUGUAACGCUUCUGCUGCAUUGGUUUGGCAUAUCGGGCGCUCCUGGGGAAAUACGCUCCAAGGACGUAUUUAGGAAAUUGCUUGACAUCUACAAAAGGGGGAGUCAACAAGAUUUAGCAACAUCCAGCACUGUUUAAACCGGGGGACCUAACUGCCGGGUCUAGAGCGCCAGUUUCACAGAGAAGGGCAGUCCCGAUGACUUGAGCUUGACAGAAAUCGUCUGCCAGGUGGGGUUGUGUGUUUUAAGUAGAAGCUCCCCCCGUUCCAAAUCGGCAGGUCCGAGCCUUCCUUUCUCCGGAGCUCGGUUCCGGGUCCGUGGUAUCGCCGCGCUCCGCGCGCCCGCAAGCAAGGACUGGCGGCGUGGAUCCUAGGAAAGGGGGAGCCAGCCACCCUGGUUUAGGCAGCCUCAGCUCCGCGUUAGGAGAGGCUUCUCAGUAUUUAGCAUCCCAGGGCGCCUCCGGCAGCUGAAGACCGGAAAGGCAAUCCCCUGAGCCUUCCCGCCAGCAGGCCUCUGCGCGGCGGAUGGGCGGGGCCCAGGGAAAUCCGUGGGAGUGGCCACGCCCAUCGCACUUCCGGAAGCAGCGCUGCGGACCUUAGUUCCUCCUCACUUUCGCGGGUCCUGGUGCUCACGCGAUGGCGACGGCAGUGGUGCGGCACGGGCGGCCGGUGCGGGUGCUGGUGGACAUGGACGGUGUGCUGGCCGACUUCGAAGCUGGUCUCCUGCGGGCAUUCUGCCGCCGCUUCCCCGGGGAGCCGCACGUGCCCCUGGCCGAGCGCCGCGGCUUCUUCGCUCGGGAGCAGUACCGAGCCCUGCGGCCGGACCUAGCGGACAAAGUCGCCAGUGUGUAUGAAGCUCCCGGCUUUUUUCUAGACUUGGAACCCAUCCCUGGAGCCGUGGAAGCCAUGCAGCAGAUGAACGCCCUGAAGGACACCGAGGUCUUCAUCUGCACCAGCCCUCUGUUGAAGUUUGACCACUGUGUGGGAGAGAAGUACCACUGGGUGGAGAGGCACCUGGGGCCCCAGUUUGUGGAGCGCAUUAUCAUGACAAGGGACAAGACGGUGGUCUUGGGGGACCUGCUCAUUGAUGACAAGGACACCAUUCAAGGCCAAGAGGAAACCCCAAGCUGGGAGCACAUCUUGUUCACCUGUUACCACAACCAGCACCUGGCCCUGCCCCCCACGAGGAGACGGCUGCUCUCCUGGAGUGACAACUGGAGAGAGAUCAUAGACAGCAAACGGCGACCAGGGCCCAGGGCCAUGGACAGUAGCUGAAAGAGGGAAGGCUGGCCAGCAGGGAGCCCCAGCAGAGCGGAGUGAGUGACAGGGCAGCAUGUGGCAGCGAACCCAGCACUGGGGAGCAGGGAGACACAGUGACCUCUCAGGCCAGCCACCUGGCACCUCCUGAGAUGGCUGGCGUGGAAGCACGGUGGCAGGUCAGCCAGGAACCUUGGAAUAAAACACUUGGCUCACU